CAGUCAUUUCCUCUGCUUCCACCUCCAGUCCAGAGAAAACCCAAUCAGAGGCUCCAUCGUUUGUUUAGGAGGCAGAAGGGAAAUCUGUUUCACUGCUUUAACCACACACAACAGUGGACGGUGCUGAAGUUGGCGCUGGGAUGCACAGACUUAGUCAUGAAUGCUGGAAUUGGUCACCCAGACCUUCUCUGUGUCUUCAUCCUCAGCACUCAGGGAGCCUUGUUUCUGUCAUGGUGAGCCACCAAGAAGAAGAGGAGGCGGGUGAAGAAACAGGAGAACUUCCAGCUGUAUGUUGCUAUAAUACAGGAUGUGGUGACGUUAUCAGUCAGUCUGCUGAUGCUCAGUGGUCCAUCUAUGAGCCUCAGGUCCACUCAGGGAUUCCCAACAGCACAGGGCUGUGUCAGCAUGACGCGGGUGCUCCUUUGCAGCAAAUAACAGUGGUUGAAGCUGAGCAAGGAGAUGUAUUCCAGCAUUUCAUGGGUUGUCAGUGCUGGGGAGGUCCAGGGAUGGAAACCCAGAGAUGUGCAUGUGUUUAUAGACAGAGGGAACAAGAUGUUUUGGGUCACUGCUCAUCAGGAUCUCCAUUUAUCUACUGUGGAGCAGUGAGGAGGAACGUGAUCGUUGGAGUGGAGGUUGUAGAGGAGGUUGCAGUUGAAGACACUCUGGAAGUAAUAACAGAGGAUAUUUAUGCAGACGAUCUGCUGGAUCCAGAUACAUCACAAGAAAACCAGCCGUAUCCCACAUGAAGCCGGAGUGCCUUUCAGUGUUUCUCAGUUUCACUGUACGCUCUGUAAAUAAAAUUUAAUUCACAGUCAGGCGACAAAUUUAAAUGAAAUGCAGUUGUAUGUAUUAUGAAGACGCAGGGCUGAAAAGCUUACCUGGUGUUAACAUGUCUCCAAAGCUUAGGGAGUCAAUGCCACUCUUCUAAAUGCCAUAAUUUGGUGUUAUAUGAUGAUAGUAAAAAAUCCAAUAGAAGAUGUCCCAUAGGUGUUGAUUUGGGUUAAAAUUUCAUCACUUUUCACCACUCACAUCAUAUGACCGAAGUAAUUCUUAUGUUUAUCAAACUGUACAGUGACAGAGUGACAACUCACACCCAAUUAAAGUCCUACAAAGCACUAACCUGUUACAACGAUCACCAAUGGGACAGAAAUAUUAUAUCAUACCAUAGAAAUGAGCACUUGGAGAACAAUUUUCCAUCAGUGUGAAUUGAGUAUACUCAAGGGGACAAGAAGAAUCAAACUAUGCUUCACAGUUCUAAAAUCCACUGCGUUAUGACUGUAUGGUUUAGAGUAAUGUAUUUAUCAGAUAUGUUUGUAUUCUACAUGAGCCCUUGUCUUUGAUACUUAUGUAUACAAAUAAAAAAUU